AUGGGAACAGUGUCGCACAGAAAGUACAUACGAUGGUACCCAGACGAGGCUUCCGAGCCGACAUCUACAGUGGUCCUGACAUCCCCAGAGAACCGCUUCGUCGAUCUGCGCAUUCUGCUGCCUCCCGACGGCGCUGCAGAACUAAGCAAUGAACCCACGGGCGAGCUGCCCCUCGAGAGGCUCGACUGGGCCAUUGCCGGCACGACCAUCUCCGAGCCCGCCGUCGCGCCGACCGGCGAGCCGAUCCGCCGCUCGACCUUUAGCCACUGGGUGAGCUCGCGCGACGCGGACCCGACGGGCGUGUCGGACGUGGGCGACAUGUACCCGCAAGAGGACGGCACGACGCUCGAAAAGGGCGAAAUGGUCAACCCGGCGACGGGCCGCGCCACGGCGUACGACGAGCUGUGGACGGACCGUCUGGCGCCGACGAGCGACGCCAUUGCCGUGCUGCGCGUCGACGACGGGGCGGUCAAGGGACUGGUCGUGUGGAUUGGGCAGCUGUGCCAGGCGCUGGUGCGCGAUGGCGACGGCAUCGCGCUGGAGCGAUGGGAGAAGACGGAGGGCAGCGACGAGGAGGAGGGCACGUGGACGAGGACGGUGCGCAUGGGGAGCAGCAGGAAGCUGCCGUGCGAGGACGUCCUGACGGGCAAGGUCGCGCUGGAAAAGGAUGGUGCUGUGGCGUGCCAGGGAGACAUGUGGCAGGUGAUUGAGCUCUCUUCGUAG